AUGCCUCGCUUCCUAUCCAGAUCUAACCCCGCAUUCGCCUUAGUGUUGCACAAUGCUCUGCACACCAAUAGCUCACCCCCCCGUCCCUGCUGCCCAUUCGCCGCUUUCUCGCUGAAUCGCCUCUGCAACCUACUCCCCUUUCUCCCUUGCUCCGCGUUCUGCUCGACAUGCGCUCUAUCCACUCCCGUGACGAUCUCCCUAUCAGCGAAUCUCCUCCCUUCUGACCAUAGCAGCGCCUCUCCCCUCGCCCCCGCAGUGACUCGCCUCUCCCCCCGGCGUCGCGUGCGCCCUUCCCCUGGCGUCGCGUGCGCCCUUCCCCCCGGCGUCGCGUGCGCCCUUCCCCCCGGCGUCGCGUGUGCCCUUCCCCCCGGCGUCGCGUGCGCCCUUCCCCUCGGCGUCGUGUGGCCACUUCCUCUUGGCGUCGCGCUGUUGAGAGUGGGUUUUUUCUCCUCCGUUUCUGUCACCCCUCUCCCCACUCCACUCCCCCACCCCUCUCCCAUACACCUCCUGCUCCCUCACCUCUCUCCUCCACAUUUCCCUCCACCCCUCUCCCCCACCCUUCUCUCCCUGCCCCUCUCCCCCACCCUUCUCUCCCUGCCCCUCUCCCCCACCCUUCUCUCCCUGCCCCUCUCCCCCACCCAUCUCUCCCUACCCCUCUCCCCCACCCUUCUCUCCUUACCCCUCUCCCCCCCUUCUCUUUCUGCCCUUCUCAGCCCCUUCGCCCUACCCCUGCCAGAAGGCAGUGAGAUCAGGAGGCCAGCGCACACUUCGCUCCCCCACACCCCUCCUUUACGCCUCUCCCUCAACCCUCUCUCAUCCCCCCACCACCCGCCCCAACACUCUCCUGCUGCACCAUGCCUUUGCCAGGAGGAGCCAGCCCCCAAGGAGGCAGAGGGAUCAGCUAGAAGCCAGCACAAGUCGCAAUACGCGCAAAUUACCGACGCGACGACAAAGACCCAGACGAGCUGCAUUGACUUGCCACCUUCCCUUGAUCCUGCUACCGGUAUCAGCAUCUCAAAGGCCCAGACGAGGCACACUAUGUCAAGGGACCGCUUGCAGAUUCGGAACGGAAACACCCACGAGUAG